CGGGGAAAGGGGAAAGGGGAACCAAAAAAAAAAGAGGGAGAGAAAAUGAUGGCAGGCGCCGCUCGUCAGUCCGUACAGCAGGUGGGGUGCGGUAAGGCUGACGUCACGGGCCCGGGUGGGGUGGGGUUCCGCCGGGUCACAUGAGAGCGCCUGCGACACGUCAAAUCAGGCGGCGGCUCCCUCUGCCCCCCGGUUGUGUCUCUGGCUCUCUGUGUCUCUUCGGCUCUUUAGAUAGCAGAAGAUCGGACUUUGGAGACGAGCGAAGAGGGUGAAACCUAAAAAAAGAGUGAAACCAAAGAGGAGCCACCACCCAGAGACCAACCACCACCUCCCUUUCGCCCUUCUCCCUCCCUUCUCUCGCUUUCUCUCUAUUCUCUUCCUGUUUGAAAACCGCCACCACUGUCGCUAACAAUGUGCCCCACCUUAUAAUAUUAUAUAUAUCUAUAUCUAUAUCUAUAUAUAUAUAUAUAUACACAUCUUCGAUACCACGACUCUCUGCCCCGUCCCUGUCCUCUGCUUUAUUUCUUCACCGUUUUUUGUUCUUGAAAACAAAUGGGGAGUCGAGGAGAGGGGCGCUACCGGGGGGUUCGGAAAAGGCCGUGGGGGAGGUACGCGGCGGAGAUAAGGGACCCGUGGAAGAAGACGCGGGUGUGGCUUGGGACCUUCGACACGCCCGAGGAGGCCGCGCUCGCCUACGACCAGGCUGCCCGCACCCUCCGCGGCGUCAAGGCCAAGACCAACUUCCCCCUUCCUCCGCCCCCACCUUCCCACCUCAGUCUCGACCUCAACCUCCCCUGCCACCUCUGGAUGGGCCCGCCGCAGCCGCCGCCACAUCCACCGCAGGCGGUUGCUGCUGCGAUGGGGUCUCUCCCGCCGUCGACGACAUUGAUGCUGGGAAGGUUCAGCGGUGGUGGGGCUUGCCCUCCUUGCUUGGGGAUAGUGGCCCCGCCGGAGUCACCGCCGGCGGGCACGGCCUUCUUCGGUGUGGUGGGGAGGGGUCUGCCCUUCGAUCUCAACGAGCCGCCACCGGCCUCGUCCGUGUUGUUCGGUUGAACGACCAGCUGCUCUCUGGCAUCCCCUCACGCCGUGCUGCUCAUUGCUUUAGUUAUUUUCGUUUUUCGUUUUUCCUUUUUCCGUUUUUGGCUGCAGUAGAGACUAGCAUAGAAUCGCAACAAAAUGAUCGACCAUGGUGUAUAUAUUGAAUUAUAUAUAAUGUAUGCUUUCUGGAGAUGAAAUUGAAAAGCGUUAUACGCCGAAUAGACUACAUGCAUGACUUCAAGCGCUGGACGGCGAUGCGCUAUGAGCCAGCCUCGCUGCAAGGGGCCAAGGCGCUUUAGUAUUUUUUUUUUUUUUUGUUGUAAAAGGGGGACUUGAGAUUUUAGUGCACCACUAUUU